AGGAUCGGUUCUGAGAACUCCUUGCUUUUCUCGUGAUUGUUGUUAUUCUUCAUUUUAGAAAAGCGACUGCAAAAUUUUAUACGUAUGAUAGCCAAAACAAUGAAUAAGUUUAACGUCCCGUGAGAAAGUUGCCAUUCUUGUGUGAUACGAAUCCAAUAUUUCUAUAUAUUAUAUAAAUAUAGCUCUACGGUCUACCGACAAAUAAGGCUUGAAACUAGCCUACAAUCUACAUGAUGUAGGGCCUAUUCAGUUCAAGAAAAAGUGUAAACAAGUCGAUUUCACGGCACAGGCAGUGAAAACAUAUUGCGGGGUCCCAAACUAUCCUUGAUCCAAUUUCCAAAACAUGUAGCCACCCAUCUAUAAUUUAUCUCGUGCUUCAUUUUUUGGCAGAACCUUAGUCAGUAGUAUUCGUGUUUCUUGUCGCUGCAGCUUGCACGUUCAGACGCUGUGUUCUCUGAUGCGGGUUUCUAGGUGCGUGCGACGGUGUGAGAGCCUGUGGUGGAUGCUGGUGGCAGUCAUAAAAUGAGAUGAACAUGUUAUUGACUUGAGUGGCUUGUAUCGUUUCCGUGUAACACAGCCAACUAAGCGUAGGUGUGGAAUAGAGGACGUACAUACUGUAGAGUGCAUGUGGCAGUUGAACACGUGCAAUGGUAUGUCUACCAUUGAGUCAUUGACCACAGGCAUAUCUUAGCCACACAUUUGUAUUGUGCUACAGUACGUGACAUCAACUAGGCAUACACCAUGGCAAAAAGUGUUCUUACAACUUACAUAUUGUGGCUAAUUGGCGGCUGGUUUGGCCUUCACCAUUUAUAUCUUGGACGUGACAGACAUGCAUUUGUUUGGUGGUGCACGAUGGGCGGUGUUUUUGGAAUGGGAUGGCUUCGAGAUCUAUCAAGGAUACCAGAAUAUGUUGAUGAUGCAAAUGAAAGACCUGAAUAUGUCACAUAUUUAGUUAGCAAGUUUCGUUCAUAUGAAAAACCGCCAUUUAAUGUGACACGAUUCGCUGGUCAGCUGAUAUUAGGAUCAUUGUUCGGCUACUUGACAUUGCUAGCGCUACCGGAAAAUCUCUUGAAACAUAGUUUUUACCGUGCAUUGAUAGUGUUCGUGCCUUAUGGAGUUGCACUAGGUGUUCAUUGUGUUGGGAAUAUAGGCAGGGAAUCUGGAAACGUUUGGUUUUCCCUCAUCGGAGCAUAUAUAACAUUUCCACUUUACCGGGAUAUAAACAAAAACCACAAUGUGAUCUCUCUAUCAGCUGUAGUCUCUACAGUAUUAUUCAAUUGGUUGGGAAAAGAAUGGAGACGCAAGCCAAGAAGAAAAUCCAGUUUAUGUAAAAGAUUUUGUGUGCUUUCCUUCUGUGGUUUGCUCUAUCUGUCCAUGUGGGGUUCAUUUCUAUUUUGGAAUACAAGCAUUACGUACCAUGAUGGUGAAACUGUCAAGGUACAUGAAGCACUGAAGCAUUUCUUCAACUCACCAUUGUGGAACAAUAUGAAGCAUUCUGUGAAGGAUAUGCUUUCCGACGGAUGGAAACAUGGUUGGUGGGCAGCUGGUGACAGGUUCACAGACAUGCUGGAUCCUUUAGGAGAAAUUCAUGCAUACGAGGUGCUUGGUUUGGAGAGGGGUGCUAGUGAGAUGGACGUCACUUCGAGUUACCGCAAACUUGCGAAGCAGUGGCAUCCAGACAGACACAAGGAGCCUGAGGCUAAGCAAGCUGCCACUCAGAAGUUCAUGGAGAUCCAGGAAGCAUACGAAACACUGUCAAAGAUCAAAAUUCGAAGAGCAAAACGCAACAAAGUCAAAGACGAUACAUAUGAUGUACAUAAUAUGCAUAGAUAUGCAUGAGGUGACAGGUUUGAAAAUAUUAAUUUGCACGUAAUCGGCUCCAAAGUUCUUACUGACAGUUCCAUUUGUAGAUUAAAAUAAGUGAAAGUACUAGCCAAAUCAAUGGGCACAUGGCAUCAAUUAAAAAUAUGAAGUACCUGAUAUAAGAUAAACCAUUACAAUUAUAUCAAGUUAGCAUCCAACAAAAGAAUAUCCAUACUCUGUAAAUAUGAGUUUAAGGCGUUUGUGGGGUAUUAGGCCUAUAGAUCUGCCCCCACCUUUACAUGAAAUUGCCAAAACUGAGGAAACUGCUUGUAGUGUGCACACUGUUGUGGCAUUUGUAUAAAGCAUUGUUAACAGCCCUGGAACUUGUAUUAACAGUCCAUGAAAUUUCGUUAUUCUUCUACAGGAUGCAUACUUGGGUGUUAUUGAACUGUGAACUUCCAGUAUAUACAUGAACUUCCAUAUAUAUGUUUUGGACACGCAGUUGGAAUUAUGCAAUCUCAACUAGACGUGCUUUCGGAUUGAUUUCAUAGUACGGACUAUAUGCUGUAAGAGGAGCUGUAAAUUCACAAUUACUUUUUUCCACUUUCCCUGUUGUUAGCUUUCAACCUUCAAAGGCCAGAUUCUCAAUAAAUUAUGGCACGGUUUGAUUAUUUGGUUGUAAAAGGUAAAGUGAGUUUUUGGAUCCAGUGAAUCAAAGAUGUUUGAAAUUAAAAGAAUAUGAAAAUAAUAUGAAAAUAACACAAAAGCCCUUACUAGAGUAAGGCUAAUUUUAGCAUGGGGUUGGCUUGUUUAACCAACUUCUGGUAUCUCAUUGACAUGUACAUUACCUUUGUUUGUCAAAGUUACAUAGGACAUACAAAGGUAGUGUACACACUUAUAGCACUAUUUCCACACUGUGUAUGCACAUUGCUCGUGAUUGCAGUGAAUAGAAACCCAUACUAGGAUAUUUUAUGCCACUUUUUCCAACCAUGUGGUAGUCACGAAGUAGUGGGGUUUUGGGUUCAAUGUAUACACCCCCAAGUGGUUUAAUAUGUGGCUUUUAUGAACCUUUUAUAUAUUCUUUACCAUUUAUUCCAACUUCACAAGGCACUUUUCUAUCAUAACAUGUUUUUAUCACAUUAAUGAGCUAUGGUUGUUCACUAAAGAUCCUCAUACUGGUUUGAACCAUGACCUAGGCGCAUUCCUUUCUAGUCUGAUGGUGAAUGACAUUAUCCAAUAAAAUGUUUUAUUCAUAAUAACAUGAAAGCACACAUUUAUUACUUUUUCACUUUGUGCAGAAUUGUGAAUACGGUACACAAUCUUUUUUCAAAUUAAAAUUCUGAGCUUUAAAA